AUGGGUGGCGGAUAUGACCAGGAAGCGUUGUCCCCCAGUCUCUGGCAACAAGCUCUAGAGACUUUACCCGACGAGGACAAGAAUCAAUUCAGAACCUCUGGAAGCGAAUCGCGUAUAAAGCCUACGGACGUGCUUGCAGCCGUAGAAGAAAAGACGAAGUACUGCGAAGAAAAGCAAUGGGUGUUCUAUGUCAAUGACGCCGGAGAGAAGAUUCUCGUCAGAGACACCCUGAACAAGGUCGUUAACUGGCUCGACAAAUUUAAGCAAGUCGGAGAUGCCGCCGUACAGUAUGACCCUGGACAUGCAGCACUUCCUUGGAUGGCCAUUAGAUUCCUCUUACAGGCUUCUCUCAACGAUUGCGAAACCUUCGGUAACAUGUUGGAAGGCAUUGAGAGCGUAUCUCGCAUCGUCGCUCGGUACACGGAGCUCGAAACUAAGGUUCUUCUCCGCACCUCGAGUCUCACCAAAGAACUGGCGGGUGCGCUUAUUAAGUUGUACGGGUCUGCAUUGAAGUUUCUCGCGCUUGCCAGUCGUUAUUAUGGAAAGAGUACAUUAAGGCGCAUCUUCAAGAGCACACUCUACACUUCCAGUAAGGUCGUAGCACCGCCGAUGCUUCUGGUUGAGAAAGAUGAAGAAGACGUGUACAAGCUCGUGCGUUUGGUACAAGACGAGAUCGCGGGCUCAAAGUUGGAUGACAUUGUCAAAAGUAUCCAAGAAACUUUACAAAGCUCCCAAGUUUCCAACGAGGCCCGCCGACGUCGACUAUCUGCAUGGAUUGGCGGAAUUGACACGAAGAACACGUACGAAACAAGUCUCUACAAUCACCAUGACGGCACUUGCGAAUGGGUAGUGGAAUUACCAGAGUUUCAGGCUUGGAGUGCCGAUGACAAUUCACAAUCCCCUCGACUGCUUUGGAUUCAUGGACCUCCGGGCUUUGGCAAAACCAUUCUGACAGCUUCAGUUAUUCAGCAUCUAAAACGCAAGGAGAAAGGUUCUGUCUCCUACUUUUUCUGCGCCGCAGACAACCAGCUCACUCGCGACCCAUAUGCCAUUCUCCGUUCUUGGCUUGAGCAAGUUCUCGAACAGCAUGAAAUGACUAUAUCUAUCAUGGAGGCCAUCUACAAGGCGCGGGGCAAGGAACAGACCCUGACUCAACUUGGGCUGUGGGAUUUGUUUGUCACAGUGGGCGAAGCCGUCGACGAGCUUACGUUCGUUAUCGAUGGUUUCGACGAGUGUACGACUAUAGACAUGGGUGCUCAGUAUCAUCACAGCGAGCCGAGAAAUCUGUUUCUCCAUGAACUACUGAAAAGCCUGGAGAAGACAAAAUCGCGCCUGUUGGUGGUCAGCAGAGACGUACCCGACAUCAGAGAGUACCUGGGCAAAGGCACAGCGGCCAGCAAAGACUACGCGAUCGAGACAUUCGAGUAUGCAAUCACGGCCAAAGACAUUUGA